UGCUCUAACUAAUAGUUCUAAUUAGAGUUCUAGCAGAGGACUACUAAUUGCCAAGAUGCAACUCAGGUGGUUGCAGUUGCCAAAUUGCCGCUAGGUGCACUUAGUCCGUCGCAAUGCGUUGCAUCGUGUGGUACAUCUCGCUGCUGGCUCUGUCCAGCUUGGUAUUGGCUGCUCGGUUGGGUGGGCGCACCAAACGGUUUCUCAUCUUUCCACGUCAAUCGCCCACAAGACAUCUGUUUAUUGCGGGCAUAGGCAUUCCCGCAGAUUUGUCCUAUGAAUCCUUGGUGAUUGGUCAUGUACUUAAAACCGAGUUUUUUCUGCCCUACAAUGCCACCGUAUACAGGCAAAAUCCCUAUUUGCCGGAAUACAAACACCAGAGUGUUCCCAUAAAUACUAAUUUGAAUCAGUUGCGACUGUUGCAAAAGCAGCCAAGCCAUUUGCGUUGGCAGAUUUAUGCAUACAUUGAGCACAUGUUGGAUAAUUAUGGCUAUAAUGGCCACGAGUGUAUGCUGCAAGCUAUUUGUGAGGCGAACACAAUUCAGUUCUCAAAGGACUUUAGCGUGGUGCAGGAGCUGUUGCACGUGCUCUUCGCGCCCUCCACCUCCCUGAAUGCAGCUGCUCCCGAGGCAUAUGACUUCACUUUGGCCGAGAAGGCAAGCACAAAGUCGAACAGUUGUGAGAUCUAUGAUUGUAAUCUGAAGCUACUUGAUUGGUUUUCUCAAGUAAUGCACAUAAUUUGAA